ACGGUCAAAGUAACGCGAGCGAUAUUGGUGCGUUGUUUGCAUAGCUGAAAACUAAACUUCAUUUUAACGUGGACGAAAAGAAUUAUAAUACUCGCUGUAUAGAAAAUACUGUUUCGGAAUGUAAUACUCGCCAUCUAGGAGCUUAGCGGCUUAUGUGAAAUAAUAGUUAGUAACAUAAUAUUGGAAUAAUAGACCACUGUGUCUUUCGCUUCGUGUGGAUGUCUAAAACAAAAAUGGCGCCUGUCGCAGAGGUAACACUGCAUCUAGAAUGCUGGCGGGAUGAGCUGAGCCCGGCACAGACAGCCGCCUACGAAAAAGCGGAAAAGGAGCACCAUGAAGUACGGAGCAAGCUGAAAGAGAUUGUUCAGGAAACUGGCGGGAAGAACAUAUUUGCCGGACAGGUGUUUACCGCUUAUCAGGUAUUGGGACCGGUACCGGGAUUGGAACAAAUUUCCAAACCGGUCACUGCAUUGUCGCGCAAGAAAAUGCCUUCAAUGCCGCCGGCACUUGCACCGUUGGGCAGUGUUUCAUCUUCCCCAGAGCCUUCAGCAAGUUUUCGGCGUCGAAGUCGAAAGGCGGAUUCGCCGGCCGGAGAAAAUCCCGAGCCCGUGGUUGAUAUUGCCUCUGACGAUCCCGAUGAAGAUUAUAUCCCACUAGCGAAGCGCAUGAAACAAAAGGCGAAAGACAAAACGCCCGUGCCCGCGAAAAAAACGAGGGAAGAAAAGGUCAAAACUCCGGAUCCGAAGAUCAAAUCGCCGAAAACCCCUGGUUUAACACCAAAGGUUGCCGCUAUUUCUGUACGACCCACCGAAUUCAACUCCAUCGGAGGGUUGCAGGUCGGCGCGGAAAAGGACAAAAAACGAUCCGGCGCAGAGCCCUCGGCCGUGGUCGAUCUUACAAAAGAUGAUUCGGGCAAACCGACGGCCGAUUCGCGAGAAAUAUCUUUCAGCAAGAUUCAGGGUAAAACUUUUCCUUCACUCGUCGUACUAGCAAGACCGUCGCUGCGCGUCGUCGACAAAGCGGUAACCGACCGGCCCCAACUUGACGCGAAGGUGAAAAAUGUCCUCGUCCACCCUGCGCCAAAGUUUACGGAAUGGCUUAUUCAGCAGGGAUUAAUCAAGUCGGAACAAACGUGUCAAAUUCAUAACGACAAGCCACUGAAGCUGGGCAUGUAUUCCGACACGAGCAAAUUCCCGUACUCGGGUGGCUACUUUUGGAUCAGUGAUUGUUGCCCGACUAGGUUCACGUCUGUGUUCCACGGUUCGCUAUUCGAGGGUUCACCACAUCCUCCGUCAGUAAUUUUGAAGCUGAUCUACCACUGGGCCUGCCAAACGAACGUAUCCAACGUGGUGAACUGGGUGAAGGUCGAUAACAUGUACCUUAAGGGUCUGUACACAUUGUUACGGUCCGUCUGCACAUUGGCAUUAUGUAGACAUAUGAAGCUUCUCGGCGGUCCCAAAAAAUCGAUCGAGAUCGGAGUAAUUUCAUUGGGAACAACUACGCAGGAUGGGCAGCAGCGUCAGGUGAAAGUAGAGGUAUUGGGUGUGCUAGAUCCGGAAGCUAAAAUACUUCGCCUUCGCGCCGUGGAGCCCUUGCUGGACGCCGAAAAAAGCUACAAGAAAAGGUUUUCAAAAAUUUUGGAACCACUUAGCGAUUGGGUCCAUAAGGAUAGCGUCAUUCUGACAGACCUUACCGUGGACAAAGGUACGCUGAAUAGCAUGGGAUACAAAACCGUUAUACAGGUUCCCGGUUCUGAACAGACGCUCAAGAACAGUAAUGCAAAUAUAAUGGACUAUUUGCGGCGCAUCGUGCCACGCAUGUUCCAAAACACCUUGUCCCUUCUAUCGCGACAAAUUAUUCAACAGUUCUUGAAUGAGCUGGUGUGGCGUGAGCUGUACGGCAACAGCCCCGGCACAACAUUCGAUAACAUAGUAAAACACUUAUCUGAGGAAGCGAAAAUUGAAACAAAGGAAAGUUUGACUACUCGCCUUCAUAAGGCCGCCGCCGAUCCCUUCAAACAGUGGGAAAUUGUAUCCGAUAUGCCAGCGUUGGGCAAAGUUCCUGGUAAACGAGGCCGAAAACCCAAGGAUCAAUCUAUCAUCAAAAGUGAGGCUCCGCCAAACGAUACGAUUCUCGCAACACCGAGCCCGACCCACCAAAACGCGCCGAAAAAAAUUAUCCUCAAAAAGGUGAAAAAUGAAGAGGAAAGAGCGGCGGCAUCCGCUUCCACGCCCCCAGCUGGUUCACAGGUGAAAAAGAUAGAAAUGAAACGAACGGAAAAGAAGGACUAUACUGUGCAGUUGGAAUCGUACUAUUAUGGCUGCUCGGGGGGCAUUGAGCUUAAGGAAUCGGCUUUGGCUUGUACCGAUUUUGCAGUACCGUGUCCGGAGUGUCCGGAUUUGACGUUCCGAAGCAAUGUAGAGCUUCUUGAUCAUCUAUUGCUGCAUGCGAGUCCCGCUAUUGCCUCCAAUGCAGACGGUGGCGCCACCGUCCAGUGCCGAACGUGUCUAGAACACGUAGCGGACCAGGAAGAGGAGAAGCACAAAACGCUAAGCCAUCCGCAGGAGACAAAAAGUUUGCUAUGCAAGACGUGCAGCUGCCUAAUAUGUGAGCAACGCUUUAGCACAGUGUCUGUGCUGGUGGCGCAUCUGCAAAAAAGCCACUACCCGCUGGAGAUGCCGUACCGGUGUGGUGGUUGCGACUACCGCAGCUCCAUUUUGCGAACAACUAUCGAGCACUUUUACGAGCAACACAAGGGAUCGGCCCUGUUGCAGUGUCCUGUUUGUCUGCAGAUAUGCUGCGCAUAUCGUACCGGCGACGAGGGCCCACUCACUAAGAACGUGCACCAGUUCUUGGCUCACUUACGCAAACAUACCGAUAAAGCGAUCUCGAAACGUUGCAACAAAUGUGCCCUCAGCUUCCUGGACAAGGGAGAACAGAAGUUUCACUCUAUAUUUGGCCACGUGCCAAACAAAGCAGAUGAAACAGUGAAAAGUGUCACCAGCUCGACGACGGUGAUCCCAAAACCAACGAAAAAGGUAACCAUCAACAAAGAACAUUCAACGUAUCGCAUCGUAAAACGGUUUACUAAAUUGGUUCUGAAUUUGAAGAGUGGAAGCAUUUGCUGCGAAUGUGGAAAUGAUUUUGACCAGUUCAACCACAUGAUAGCGAGAGUGCAAUGCAUAACGUGUGCGUAUCAAACCACCUGUCUACCGUCGAUGGUGAGCCAUGCUGUAUCGUGUCAAACGGCCACGACCACGAAAGAAAAACGUUCUGCUGUCAAUAUGAUGGACCAAGAGCUACAUUGCCAGUGUGGCUUUUCAUCGUACGACGGGUAUGCUUUGGCACGGCACCUGAUCGCAUGUGAUCGUUACGGUGCCGUAUACCCGACCGUCGAGGCAGCUCAAGCGAGCGUUGUCGAGCGUAGCAUGCUCGAUUCGCUCGGGCUAGUACGACGGGACGGUGACGACGAUGAUGAGGACAGUGCUGCUGCAGUCGGGGAGCAAACAACAUCACCACAGGAUGACGACGCUGGACCGUCGUCUUCGUCGACCAACUUGAACGUUUCUUUCAGCCACGAAGAAACUGUUGGUGCAUCAUCGGCAGACGUGAAUGAAGGCAGUGCGAGCGGAGUGGCGUACGAUCCGUCCCAGUCGCUGUACAAUAUUGCGGGUGCAGGCGAGCAACAAUUCAACACGCAGCUAUCGUUCGACGAUUUGGGACCUCCGUCAGUUUUGCCCGCACAAGAUAGCAAUGAUCGUACACCGCAGCUUAAAGACGAUUACCAAUCCUUGGCUACACCACGUGUACCAGAGCAACAGGAUUAUUAGAGCGACUCGAGCGUCGAAAAUGAUGAUACCUAAUCAACUAUCCUUUUACAGGACCAGAAUCAUUGUUUGUGUUCUUUUUACGUAAGGUUCUGUAAUGUUUCUAAACGGAUAGAUUAAAAGAAUACAUUUGUUUUUUUUCCGGAAGAGGGGCUAGAAA